GCAAAGCAAUAGACACAUCUAAUAUUUAUCUCAAACCUGCUACGCCUGGGACGCAGGAGCUGUCAUCUGCCGGAGCUGAUUAUGCAUGCAGCCAAAGCAGAGCCUGAUUGGAUGUAGUAGGACCUAAGGCGAGGGGGAGAGGGAGCGGAGAGAGAGUUCAGCUCGCUGCACUGAAAUGUAAACACUGGAAAGCGGGAGGGAGUAUAAUGCCUUUAUGCUCCGAACCGCAAGCAGCAGGCUCCUAUGGCUCCGGCAGCAUACCUCUUGCAGGUCUAGCUGUGCCCGGCUUGAUGAACAGAAGCAGACACUUCGGAGGAUCUCCUGCCUGUGGAUAUAAAUAGGGGGCAAUCGGGAUGCGCUAGCUUUCUCCAGCGGCGCCACAGCUCCUUCGUGCUCUGCGCUGCAGCUGGGACGGGGCAAUGGACAUGAACAUGAAGAAGUUCACAGUGCGUCGGUUCUUCUCGGUCUACCUUCGCAAGAAAUCUCGUUCAAAGAGCUCAAGCCUAAGUAGAUUUGAGGAAGAAGGUAUCGUGAAGGAAAUAGACAUCAGUCAUCAUGUGAAGGAAGGUUUUGAAAAAGCAGAUCCUUCUCAGUUUGAGCUGCUGAAAGUAUUAGGACAAGGUUCAUAUGGAAAGGUAUUUCUAGUGAGGAAGAUCAAAGGAUCUGAUGCAGGUCAGCUGUAUGCCAUGAAGGUACUUAAGAAGGCAACUCUGAAAGUUCGGGAUCGGGUACGAUCAAAAAUGGAGAGAGAUAUUUUGGCAGAAGUGAAUCAUCCUUUCAUAGUCAAGCUUCAUUAUGCAUUUCAAACAGAGGGAAAGUUGUAUCUAAUACUAGAUUUCCUGCGGGGAGGGGACCUUUUCACAAGACUCUCCAAAGAGGUGAUGUUUACAGAAGAAGAUGUCAAGUUCUAUUUAGCUGAGCUGGCCUUGGCGUUAGACCAUCUCCAUGGUCUUGGAAUUAUUUACAGGGAUCUAAAACCAGAAAACAUUCUUCUUGAUGAAGAGGGCCACAUUAAGAUAACAGAUUUUGGUCUGAGUAAAGAAGCCAUCGACCAUGACAAAAGAGCAUAUUCAUUCUGUGGGACAAUAGAGUAUAUGGCCCCAGAGGUGGUCAACCGCCGGGGACACACGCAGAGUGCCGACUGGUGGUCUUUUGGCGUACUCAUGUUUGAGAUGCUGACGGGAUCAUUACCCUUCCAGGGAAAAGACAGAAAGGAGACAAUGGCACUCAUUCUCAAAGCCAAGCUGGGAAUGCCGCAGUUCUUGAGCAUAGAAGCCCAGAGCCUUUUGCGAGCCCUCUUCAAAAGGAACCCCUCCAACAGAUUAGGUGCUGGAUUCGAUGGAGUGGAAGAAAUUAAACGUCACCCUUUCUUUGUUACUAUAGACUGGAAUAAACUAUACAGGAAAGAAAUCAAGCCACCUUUCAAGCCUGCAGUGGGGCGGCCAGAAGACACCUUUCAUUUUGAUCCUGAGUUCACAUCUCGGACCCCCACAGAUUCCCCAGGUGUUCCUCCAAGUGCCAACGCUCAUCAUCUUUUCAGAGGGUUCAGCUUUGUUGCCUCUAACUUGGUGCAGGAGCCUGCACAGCAAGAUGUGCACAAAAUCACCGUCCAUCCAAUUGUGCAGCAGUUACAUGGGAACAACAUUCACUUUACAGAUGGAUAUGAGAUCAAGGAGGACAUAGGAAUUGGCUCCUAUUCAGUGUGCAAGAGAUGUGUUCAUAAAGCUACAGAAACAGAGUUUGCAGUGAAGAUAAUUGAUAAGAGCAAGAGAGACCCCUCUGAAGAAAUUGAGAUCCUCUUGCGAUAUGGACAGCAUCCAAACAUCAUUACUCUUAAAGACGUCUAUGAUGAUGGCAAAUACGUGUACCUGGUGAUGGAGCUGAUGCGGGGAGGCGAGCUCCUGGACCGCAUUCUUCGGCAGAAGUGUUUCUCAGAGCGGGAGGCCAGCGCUGUGCUGUGCACCAUCACCAGGACUGUGGACUACUUGCACUCUCAGGGCGUGGUGCACCGAGAUCUGAAGCCAAGUAAUAUCCUCUACAUGGAUGAGUCAGGAAACCCAGACUCCAUCAGGAUCUGUGACUUUGGGUUUGCCAAGCAACUGAGAGCGGAGAACGGGCUGCUCAUGACGCCCUGCUACACGGCCAACUUUGUUGCUCCCGAGGUCCUUAAACGCCAAGGUUACGAUGCAGCCUGUGACAUCUGGAGCUUGGGGAUCCUACUGUAUACCAUGUUGGCAGGGUUCACUCCUUUUGCAAACGGACCAGAUGACACUCCAGAGGAGAUUCUGGCCAGGAUUGGCAGUGGCAAAUAUGCACUUACAGGAGGAAAUUGGGAUUCAGUAUCUGACACUGCAAAGGACAUUGUGUCAAAGAUGCUUCACGUAGACCCUCAUCAGCGCCUCACAGCGGUCCAAGUCCUAAGACAUCCAUGGAUAGUGAACAGGGAGUAUCUGUCUCAAAAUCAACUCAGCAGACAGGAUGUUCACCUGGUGAAGGGUGCAAUGGCAGCCACUUACUUUGCUUUAAACCGAGCACCUCAGGCACCAAGGCUGGAGCCUGUAUUGUCCUCCAAUCUGGCUCAGCGGAGGGGCAUGAAAAGACUUACCUCUACCAGGUUGUAGCAGUACCCCCAAAAGGCCUCUGAAAACCCACAGUUUAUUAUUUGAGAGAUUCAUCUUUACUUGGCUAGCAGAACUUUUUUGGACAACAUGCACAUGAAAUCGCCAGAACUAGCAGAAGCCCAGAGUAAGGCAAAGGUCUCCUUUGCUCCAUCAUUUCUUUUACAUUCCAGCUAGGGUCCCGAGUUCAUCAACUUCACAAAGAUGUGCCAAUUUUGCCAGUAGCUCUGUUUCCUUACUGAGAUAAAGCCAAAUAAAGUAGGUGUGCUCCAUCCUUCCCAUCCUAGGAAAUACUAUUUUUGAGUCCUUAAGAUGUUCCAUGGGAACACUGUUUUAAUUUUGUUUCUCAAGAAAAGCACUUUUUGCUAUGAAGAACGCAGUUGGGUUUGAAUGUUUUCAGCUGUUCCAGGAUGCAUUAUGAUGAAGUGGCUUGGCUGGUCACCAGUAGACAUUAAUUAACCUCCACUCACCCCAGGAAGAGUGAAGGCUGCAGAGACACAUGAAUAAUACCUUACUUGAAAUAAGUGCUAUACAACAUGAAGGAGAGAGAGCUGUCAGUGGUGGAAGUACCUUCUGACUUCAAGAAAUCUUUUGCACUUUGCCCCUGCCCUCUCUGGAACAAAGCUAGCACCGUUUGAGGAGCGCAUGCCACCAGCCCUGACUUACUUGGUCUCCAAGAGCAGAAAAUCUCUGAGAAACUCGGUCCUCCGAGCAAAUUAUUGGGUCUUAUGAGACUGUUGCAAAGCAUUCACGUAAAACAAUGUGAGUAGGAUCCUGUGGGUCAGGGGACAAAAAGGUGUCUGAUCUCUGCCAGCAAGCAGGAGGUCUGAGAGGACCAGGUGAGGGGGAACCGAGCAGAGGCAGGGAGAGUGCGGGUGUCUUUGAGGACAGUAGGCAAAAAAGCCCAUGGCAGUGUGGUGGGGAGUACUGCCAAAGGGAAGUAGCAUGCACAUGCUUGGGGGGCAAACAGAGAUUCCCUUUAAAAGCAAGGGAUCGUCCCACUUCAGCAGCUGGUACAGAAGAUGGUGGGUGGGUGGGUGUCUGGGCUGCUGAGGGGCCACUCUCCUCCAGGCUGUCACUGCAUCUGGUCAUGGAGACUGGCUCUGGUGGGCCAGAGUGCCACCCUGGAGCAAGUGAGGCCGUUUCCAGUCAUUGCUCCCUGCCCUGCCCUGGCUGCUCACCCAAAUCCACCUGUGUCGCCCAUUUCAUGUCCCUGCCUGGCUGUUCUGCUCUAGCAGAGCUAAAUUCCCUGUGCCACAUGUGUGUGCGAAGAGUGCCCACUUCUGAAGAGUCCAGCUAACUCUGUUACAAGCUUUAAUAAUAAUAAAUUAUGAGGAGAAAUGGGAGGGUGCUCUGCUUUUAUAUUUAUAUAAAUAUGUACAUGUGUAUUUAUAUACAUAUAAAACAAAACUUCUGUACCCUAAUACCUGGAUUUUCCAGGUUCAGGGAAAGAAAACUUUGUUGAAACAGUCUCAGCGAAAUGGACCUUUUUUCUCAUUCCCUGAUUUCAAAGAAGACGAGGAAGGUUUGUGGUGCCAGAUGUGAACUAUUUUUUUAUUCUUUUUCUUACCCAUCUUGGCUUACGGUGGCCACAAGCUGACCAGGAUUCUUCUUUAUACUGCUUUUCUUAAUUUAUGUUUUCCAAGUAAAUUUUGUCGCCUCAGAUGCUUUGUGGGAAAAGCUAAUGUGCUGUGUUGGCUUUUUUUUUUCUGUUGUUAUGGGAAAAGAAGGAAAAUGUGAACAUGGAGCUUCAUAUGCUGGAGACGGAAACUUUUCCUUGCUGGGUAGUAUGUGUAUCUCGGAGCUGAACUGGAAUUACCAGAUCAUUGCCUCAGAGUGCCCAAGGGAACAAGGAGAUGCAAUUGCUAUAGCAAUAUGCUUCCUAAAACUAUCUCUGUUCCAAUGUUGACUGAACUUUGUUUGUUUGCAUUAGUCUUUUUUAAAAUUUAAAUUUAUUCUUAGUAAUUUAAACUGAUAUUUAAUUUUCAGGUUUAUGUGCUGUGCACAGUGGAGUGCUGCAAAGCAGCUCUCCUUGAAGCCCUUCUCUUUUCUAGAAUAAACAGUACUGUGAAACUUCACACAGUGGCUGAAUUGGCUGGGACUGAUGUGUGCAAACACGCACAGGUGUGUGUCUAUGGCUAUAUACACAGCAGCCCUCAUUUUCUCCUCCUCUAAGCUGUGCUCCAUAUCAGCUUUUUGCUGUCUUUACACUUUUCCUCUUGUUAAAAGUUGUGUCUCAUAUAUUUCUGCUAGCAGCACACUGCAAGGUGAGUCCACAGGCAGGGGAUAUCCUGCUGAUGCAGAAACACUCUGGCCAGCCCUUUUUUCCCUGGAGGUGACUCCUAUCCUGAAAGACGGCAUGAUGGGCACAAGGAUUCUAAGGGCAACCUGGAGGAAGGGCUGGAUUUUCUGAGGUCCUAGCUGAUUUGUGCUGCUUCAACAAAAUGUAUUUUUAAUGGUCAGUGUAAUUGUAUUGUAUAUGGGCAGAAUGAGUAUUGUAAAUAUUAUGUACAGUUUUUGUCUCCCCCUGAGAAUUCCUGGUCAUCUUUCAUUGCUUCAGUCUGCUUUCUCUUCACAGGCAUUGGAAACAGUCUAAUCCCUUCUUGAUAUACCCAGUCUUAAAUCUCUGAGCAUUUUGAGCAUCUUUUUCAUCUCAAUAUUAUUGUAGGUCAAGUUUAAAGGAUGCUUCCCAAAGUUCAAUGGUUUGAACCUCUUCCUGAUUUAGCUCUUUCUAACCCACCAGCUAUCACCCUGUUAACCAUACAAGGUUUGGGCCAUACAGCAUGAUACAUAUUGAUGCUCAUUAAUUACUUUAUAAGCCUAUAAAUUACAUAUAAUGGGGUUUGCUUAUUAAGAUUUUGCUGCCAGUGCAUCCAAAUGUAUCCACCUGUGUGUGUAUAUGUACAUACAUACACCAAAAAAAAUGCUGUCCCAGUUUGUCCAAAUGAGAAUAUAAGUGCAGUCAAUGCUUGAGAUGAUAUAGAAAAGAAGUUUGUCUGCAGCAUUCUUGAAAUCUGUCACUGAAAAUGGUAGUGAUUAUUCUGGGUGUGCACAGGUAGCUGUGCCCAUCCAUGGAAGAAACUGUCCCAUGCAGCCUUACCUCUGUCCCAGCUGUGCAUCCCCAUGCACCACCCCAAGACAGAUCAGCUUCCGCCCCCCCACCCCCCACCCCUCAGGCUUGCCACGAGAGGUGCUCUUCUGAGGGUUUUCUUACCUGUUUCGGUCAAGUUGAACCCAAUUAAACCAAUCCCACUGUCAGUCUUGCUGAUCCAGCUCACUUGGACUGAAAUUUGCCUCCACCAGCAAAUCCAAGAGAUGGUCACUCCUGGCAGAGGGGGAAGAACACAUCACUGGCACUCAUUAUUUCAGACGAAUAGCACCCGCUGCUUCCCCGGCCCAGCUGGAUCCAGGUGAAGACGCAUGGCCAUGACCUAAUUACUGCUACGGUUGCUUUUAUACCAGCAUCUCCUUUUCAGGCUGCUCGCUACAGUAUAGCUCAGCAAUAAGCAUUUAUUCUUUCUAGGAGAAAACUUAACUGAAAAAGGCUUAGCCUCUCUCUCUUUUUCUCUCUGUCUCUCUCUUUAUAUGUUAUAUUUAACUCCUGAAAGUCUAAAAAUCAAUUUGAAUUGGGUUAUACCAUCUUGAAGGUUAUUAGUCCAUAAAGUGACCUAGUGCCUUAGGCUAUUACAAAUAGUAUAGUUACAUUUCUGAACCAUCAAAGUGUGCAAAGCAGUGACCACCCAAGGCAUACUAACGUGUAUCUGUCACAGAUAUAGUCAGCUCAUCUGGAGGGCAACUUCAAAAGCUGUUUUUCAGCUCAGUAGACCAGACUCUGCCCAGCAAGGAGGAGGCAUCUCCCCACACUUCGCAGAGCUGGACCCCACCUCUGCAGCUCCAGGACUUUGAAGAGGCCAAAUGGUUCUGAUGCAAUGGGAAGAAUUGCCCCAGUUCCUACACAGCACCACAGCUUGUGUAUAUGGCAAAGGUGUGGGAGAUGCUCCUCAGAGGAAGACCUGACCCCUGUCUCCCAUUAAUUUUUACUCGUUUAAAGUCUGUUUAAUUUUUUCAAGCAAGUUUUAACAGCAGAUAGCAUUUAUAAAGCCUGACUUUUUCAGCAAACCACAAGUGACCCUCACAGACACUUCAUAAUCAACCUCUAAAUCUGAAAAAUGUGGCCAUCUGACAACAGAUUUCAUAUUAUCUUGAGCAGCUCCCUGCCCCUGGAUACUAGGGACGACCCAAGCAGAGAGAGCUGGGAGGACAGCUUGUGCCACGUGACCUCAUGACACAACGUUGCAUGUCACACUCUUACAAAGUACAGGUUGUGGGUCGCUGUGCUUCACCUAACCCUGGAGUAAUACUGGGACUUUUCUCAGCCAGACUUAUGGUUGAACAGGUUUUGGACAGAGUUUGAAAGGGACAAUGAAUCUGUUGGCUUAUAGGGUAGAUCAGCCUCUAUCAGACAGGGGACAGGCUGGUUCUGCCAACAUAGUGCAGCACUCUUUCUAACAACUUGCACCCAGCUCUGGUACAUCUGAAUACAUUCGGACCUUGGUCAAGAUGGAAAUUGUUGUGUGUCUAUGAUAUGAAUUACGCCAGGGCUUGGAUCAUCCCGUAAGCCACGGGUGCCACAAGUGUUUCUUACGCCAGCAGUCCACAGAGCUUAUGACAGCAUAUGUGAGCGCUGAUGCUAAAAAAGGCAGGGAGUCAUUUUCUCUUGACCUCAGCUGCUCAUCAGUACUUUCGCACCUCCCUUAUCCAGGUCACCACAGGGCAAAGCAAAUGUUUGUGCAUCAGAAAAAGUGGCUGGGGACAGCAGGAAGGCAACGGCAUCUUUUUUGCCAGCAGUGCUGUCAACACAUUGGUGUAGCUGCAACUUCAGUGUCGCCUCCUUCCCUCUGUUUCAGAGUUAUGCUGAGUGAGCCCAGGUGUGGCUCAGAGCCAGGGUGAUAACUGAUGAGAUGUUUGUACAGCAGCAGGUUACCAGUGCCAAGCUGUGCACACAGAGGAGGAGAAGUCCAGGCUUCUGAAAACUUACCACAAGUUCAUAUAAACUCCCAGGAAUGAGGAGGCGUAGGGCUGCAGGUGACAUGCCAUGGGGAAAUAAAAGUUGACUGUGUGUAUUUUUGCCACUAUUGACUUUAUAAAGAGGAUACAAAAAAUCUUGGGUUUGUUUUUAUAUCAGCCAUUUUUACAGAGGAAAUUCCUGCGUUUGUAAAGUGCUACAGCUUUCUAGAUCCCUACCUAGUAGAAGUACGGAAGACAAACAUGGAAAUUAAAGCAGAUUACUAUAGCAGAAAAGAAGAUACCUUAGCUUUCACCAGAAAAUUAUUUCCAUUCAGGUGAAGCGGUAUAUUAAGAUUUGUGUAUCAGAAACACCAAAGCAAAUAUUUAGAAGCAAAGUUCUCUUGUUGAACAUCUGCAGAUGGCACCUUUAAACAAAAGCCAAGUGAGCUCCAGGGUCACAUGUCUGAAUCCUAAAAGACAGGCAAGCAGCACAACUGGGCCAACCACCUCAGAUAUUCCUUACAUUAAAAUAAAAAGGCCUAAAAUAAUGUUAAUAAGAUGCUGUAAUAUAGUUCAUUAAAAAAGGAAAAUGUGCAAGCCUGUUUUCUUUUUCUCUUUUGAAGUAUACAUCAUAAUCCUAUAGAAGUGUGUAGUCAUACUUCCUAGCUGACCUCACUCCUAAAACUCUGUGUUGCCCUGAAAUAUUGUGGCUAAGCUGCUUCUGGUGGCCCAGUUCCUAUGUGAACAGUCCCACAUUCCCCCCUCCAUGUCUGCCACCAACAGGCACAACCAACAAUUGCACAUCCUCUCGUAUUCUGAAAGUUAGCAAAAAUUUGAGUGUUUAAACUCGGAAGAUAAAGUUAAGUUAAAAGUAAGGGUCUCACUGUGGACAGAACUAAAAUUCUCAGUAUUUAGGUGAAAUGUGGAUAGAAGCCUGUUGAAGAGCAAAUAAAGUCACAGUAGUUCUUAGAGCCAAACGUCAACCAAAUUCUAUACACAUUUUGUGAGCCCAGACCUUGCAUUUCCAUGUGCAAGUGAGUGACAACACAUGCAAGUCAGUCAGCUAAGCAGGCAUCUGAUCAUGCAUGUCAGCCCAGGCUUGCACGUGGAAAUGUUUUGCAGCCCAAAGUUUAGAGUCUAAAAUUAAGAAUUUGGCCCUUUGCAUCAGCCUGUGUUGUGUAAACCAUGAGGUUCAGUGUUGAACGGUACAACUGCUACUGCUCGCUUAGGUAUACAUAGUCACCGAUUCAAUUUGUGUCCAGUCAUGUCUCCUAAAUGGAUGUGAUGACGGUCAUAGUUUUCAGAGAUGCUGUAGCCUGAAAGGCAAAUGAGGAAAAUUUGUACCCUCUUUGAUAAACGAGAAUUUUGAAAAGGAGAGGUUGGAAAUAAGCAUUUGUAAGUGCAGAAAAUGAAAAACAGUUGCUAAAAGAUUGUUUCUGGUUUGCUACUCAGAGCCAAAUCCUGACUCCCUCACCCUUGCUGUGUUAGCUUCUUAAUCUGUAUGCACCUUCACUGAAACCAGGGGGCAGCUCAGAGCAGGCUCCUCUUGCCUGUCACAGUGGUGGAGUCUGGCAAUUAGGUGAUGAUGUGCAAGGGGUUUACUUGGGUAGUAUCCAGUGAAUUUGACAAAAUAUGAACCAUGAUCUAGCACUUUGUUUACAGGCUCCAUAUUCAUGUUUACAAACAAUGAUUUCUGAGGCUCACGCUUUUUACGUUUCCUGUAUGAAAAGGGCAGCCGGUGUACAGAUAUUUAUUAUGUUUACCAGCGUUUCUGAAUAGAUUUUUUUUAUAGUACAUGGUUUUAUGAAGUGUAAUAUUUUUAUAGCAGAAUGAUGAUCUUUGGACUUUCUAUAUUGUUACAUACAACUGUUUGCAAAUAAGCUCUUUGCUCCCUUUUUUCUGUGCACUCUAUCCAGUGUUGCUGCUGCUACUGUUGCUGGCCUCAGCGGCUGCUGCCCCGCUGUGACGUGGGCUGACGGUAUUGUGAAACUGUGCAAACUAUCUUCAAAGAGCUGUGACUGUGCUGAAGGGCUGGCGGUGUGCUGGGUCCCUCCCGGCAGGAGGGAUGGGGAGCUCUACUCUACCAGGGCAAGAGUUUACUGUGGAUGGCCCCCGAGGAGAAGCCUCAGUGCUCACCUUUGUCUGUACUCUGCCAUUUUGGCUUGGCAUGCCCAUCCUUUCCUUUCUUUAUAAAGAAAUAAAAAAGAAAAGAAAAAAAAAGGAUCCUGCUC